CGUUUUCUUUUGGCCGUGAGAGGCCCCGCAGCCUUCGCUGAGCUGGGAGAAAGAUGGCGGCAGCCGUGCGACAGGAUUUGGCCCAGCUCAUGAAUUCGAGCGGCUCUCAUAAAGAUCUGGCGGGCAAGUAUCGUCAGAUCCUGGAAAAAGCCAUUCAGUUAUCUGGGGCAGAACAACUAGAAGCUUUGAAAGCUUUUGUGGAAGCAAUGGUAAAUGAGAAUGUCAGCCUCGUGAUCUCUCGCCAGUUGCUGACUGAUUUUUGCACACAUCUCCCUAACCUACCUGAUAGCACAGCCAAAGAAAUCUAUCAUUUCACCUUGGAAAAGAUCCAGCCUAGAGUCAUUUCAUUUGAGGAGCAGGUUGCUUCCAUAAGACAGCAUCUUGCAUCCAUAUAUGAAAAAGAAGAAGAUUGGAGAAAUGCAGCCCAAGUGUUGGUGGGAAUUCCUUUGGAAACAGGACAAAAACAGUACAAUGUAGAUUAUAAACUGGAGACAUACCUGAAGAUUGCUAGGCUAUAUCUGGAGGAUGAUGAUCCAGUCCAGGCAGAGGCUUACAUAAAUCGGGCAUCAUUGCUUCAGAAUGAAUCAACCAAUGAACAGUUACAGAUACAUUAUAAGGUAUGCUAUGCACGUGUUCUUGAUUAUAGAAGAAAAUUCAUUGAAGCUGCACAAAGGUACAAUGAGCUCUCUUACAAGACAAUAGUGCACGAAAGUGAAAGACUAGAGGCCUUAAAACAUGCUCUGCACUGUACCAUCUUAGCAUCAGCAGGACAGCAGCGUUCUCGGAUGCUUGCUACUCUUUUUAAGGAUGAAAGGUGCCAGCAACUUGCUGCUUAUGGAAUCCUCGAGAAAAUGUACCUAGAUAGGAUCAUCAGAGGAAAUCAACUUCAAGAAUUUGCUGCCAUGCUGAUGCCUCACCAGAAAGCAACUACAGCUGACGGUUCUAGCAUCUUGGACAGAGCUGUUAUUGAACACAAUUUAUUGUCUGCAAGCAAAUUAUAUAAUAAUAUUACCUUUGAGGAACUUGGAGCCCUUUUAGAGAUUCCUGCAGCUAAGGCAGAAAAGAUAGCAUCGCAAAUGAUAACAGAAGGACGUAUGAAUGGAUUUAUUGAUCAGAUUGAUGGAAUAGUUCAUUUUGAAACACGAGAAGCCCUGCCAACAUGGGACAAACAGAUCCAAUCGCUUUGUUUCCAAGUGAAUAACCUUUUGGAGAAAAUCAGUCAGACAGCACCAGAAUGGACAGCACAAGCCAUGGAAGCCCAGAUGGCUCAGUGAAUCCUUGCAGACCUUCUGUGCACAUUACAUCUUUUUCCAUGUUGUACAGAUUAAUUUCACUAUCUCUCAAAAGCAUUUGCAUCAUGACCUUACAUAUUUCAAUCCCUUUUAUGCUGGAUUCAAUUUAAAGAAGACAUUAUUAGAGCAGGAAGUACAAGCAUUUAAAAAUAUGUAGUUCCCAUUUAUUCAGGGUCUCUCUAUCAGGCUAACUCAGAUGUUUUGAAAGCUUUUUCUUUAAACAGAGUAAGUGAAGUAUCUGUGGCUAAAAAGUUUGGGAUUUGUGAUAACUUUGUAGUUAUGUAAAACUUAAGUGCUUUGUGCCUCUCCACAU